CCGCUCGCAUCCGUCGCGUGCCCGGCGCCUUUCGCGACGCAUUUGAAAAUCGAUGUACGAUCCGCAACCGGCAUCGGACACUAGUCAUACAUCGUAAUUUUGAUCGAGUCUUGAUGACGUACGUCACAGCGGCUCCAAUGCGCCCUCGCCACUUUUGAUUGAAAAUGUAAUCUUAUUUGCCUCAAUUGUAGACUAGUUUCGUAUCAAUAACAUUCCAGAGAAAUUAAUAGUUGUGAUUUUUUUGUCGAUCGAUAGGCAAAAUUGGAGACAUAUUGGAGAUUAUAUAUUCAAGGUGUGUUACUUUGUGAGCUACAAUUAGUGUUGCGUUAGUGAACUUGAACAGCUGUGUGGGAUAGAGCAACUGUAGUGUAGUGAUGUGAGGGUGCCAGUGCGUUGCCAUGUCGAGCGUGGCGAAGAAGGACAAGCCGACGAUGUCGGUGACUGCGCUGAUAAACUGGGCGCGGCCAGGGCCUCCGGGGCCGCAGCAGCCGCCGCCAGCGUCUCCGGCCCCAACCACCAACAUGCUGCAGGCUUUUGGCACUCCCUCGAGCAUGCCCAACGUUGACUGCUCGAUCGACAUGCAAUGGCUAAACAUAGAGGCGGGCUUCAUGUCGCCCAUGUCCCCGCCGGAGAUGAAGCCGGACACGGCGAUGUUGGACGGCAUGCGUGACGACGCCACGUCUCCUCCGGCGAUGAGGAAUUACCCCCCGAACCACCCCCUCAGCGGCUCAAAGCACCUCUGCUCUAUUUGCGGGGACAGAGCCUCAGGGAAACAUUACGGAGUUUAUAGUUGCGAAGGCUGCAAGGGUUUUUUCAAGCGGACCGUGAGGAAGGAUCUCACGUACGCGUGUCGCGAAGAACGAAACUGUAUAAUCGACAAACGACAGCGAAACCGAUGUCAGUACUGUCGAUAUCAGAAAUGCCUCGUCUGUGGCAUGAAACGGGAGGCCGUGCAAGAGGAGCGGCAGAGGGCGGCCAGGGGAGCUGAAGAUGCACAUCCGAGCAGUUCUGUACAGGAGUUAUCAAUCGAGCGGCUGCUAGAAAUGGAGUCACUUGUCGCAGAUCCGACCGAGGAGUUCCAAUUUCUGCGCGUCGGACCCGAGAGCAGUGUACCGGCGAGGUACCGCGCCCCCGUCUCCAGUCUUUGUCAAAUAGGUAACAAACAAAUCGCUGCGUUGGUGGUUUGGGCGCGCGACAUUCCUCACUUUAGUCAGCUGGAGUUAGAUGACCAGGUGUUGCUCAUUAAGGCUUCCUGGAACGAGCUGCUUCUAUUCGCAAUCGCCUGGCGUUCUAUGGAGUAUCUAGAAGACGAGCGGGAGAACAUGGAUGGCACGAGAAGCGCCGCGCCGCCGCAACUCAUGUGCCUAAUGCCUGGGAUGACGCUGCACCGCAAUUCCGCGCUCCAGGCGGGCGUGGGACAGAUCUUCGACCGCGUCUUGUCUGAGCUGUCACUCAAAAUGCGCGCUCUGCGCAUGGACCAGGCGGAGUACGUCGCGCUCAAGGCCAUCGUCCUACUCAACCCUGACGUCAAAGGACUGAAAAAUCGUCCAGAUGUCGACGCUUUAAGAGAAAAGAUUUUCUCAUGCCUGGACGAAUACUGUCGACGAGCCCAUAGUUCCGAAGAAGGGAGGUUCGCAUCGUUACUUCUGAGGCUACCAGCUCUCCGUUCCAUCUCCCUCAAGAGUUUCGAGCACCUAUUCUACUUCCACCUGAUCGCGGAAGGAAAUAUAGGAAACUACAUACGAGAGGCGUUGCGUAACCACGCGCCGCCCAUUGACACAAGUACCAUGAUGUAAGGACAAUAACAUUCUUUAUCCAGUUCCGAAGGACCAACUUCAAGUCGACGUCUAAUAGCCAAAUACUUUAAAGUUUAUUAAUAUUAAAUAUCCCAUAUCCGUUUUUUACCCUACUGCCCCAGAAGGCAGAGCUUUCUUUCCGUUUGGACGAUAUGCUAAAAAACAAAAAAUAAAAAACAAUCCUAGACACGAUAUCUGCUUCAAAUUCAGAAUUCGUGGGUAAACUUUCAGUUUCGUCGGAAUCGACAAAAAGAGUUUACAGAGUUUAGUUUAGGUAUGUUGACCAUACCAAGCUAACGACAAAAAAGUGCUUCACACCGUUAUCAAUUAAUCGAUAUUAUAGAGCUGGUUUUUUUUAUUUCAAAUUCGAUAUAAUCGAUAAAUCCUUGAGCUUACUGCAAUGGGCAGGUUUAUUGGUCAUAAACCGUCUAGCUUAUAUGUUUAGGCCUUAACGAAAGUUUCUUGAUUUUGAUAAAUUUGUCCAGACAUUAUAUUUAUUUCAUGUUUUUUUUUUAUUCUUCGAGGAAUAUGCCAUCACUAUGUAAAGUAGUCGAUUAAUUUUCAGUAGGGACCUCUUAAAUGGCUUCGUGGAACAUCCGCUUCUGGCUUCCACUUUCCACUCCACUUCCACUUUUAGAUUUUUUUAAGAAAAAAUUAUAACUAGCUUUUUUGACCUGUUUCGAUAUUAUGGACAGUCAAUGGCUGUAAUUUACGGGAGUUCAAAAAUGUCAAGAGUUUAAUUGAUUUGUAUCACACACACGCGAUAUAGAAUGUUGUAAAGGACGUCAUAGGUAAAAAAAGCAAAUGACAGUGUCGCAAUUUUUUUACUACAAAGGUUACUCAUUUCCUGGGGGUUCCAUUUUCGAACUCCGGAAUUCCUUUCACUUUUUUUAUUGUAAGCGGACAGUUUCAGAAACUUUCAGUACUUCCCAAGUAAUUGAUACACGCCUGAGUUUUCUGUCAGUUGAAGUGUUUUAAAACACUGCGGUCUAUUUUAAAACUUGCGAGGUUAAAGUGGUGUUGAUUUAAACUAAGGUUAAUCAAGCUAAUUGCCAAGUUAAGAAUUAGACAACGACUUGAUGAGUGGUCCAGCAUUAGCGUAUAAUAGAACAAUACAUCUGCAAUAUUGAAUGAACGAUGAGAAUAAUUAUUGUUAAGGAAUUAAAAUCUUACUUGUGACUAGGGUGGAAUCGAGGCAUGCUAUGCUAAUUUAUUUAUGACUUAUCUUUAGCUAACGGAUUUGGAGUAAUUAAAUCAGUGACUUUUGUAUAAGGUUUAAUUUUAAUCAUUAAAAUAUAAUAUUGGUUACUCCUAAGUCCGUUAGCGUUAUAUUAAUAUUUUGGAACUUUGCGGUUAUGCAGAGGCAAUUUAGAAGUUCCGAUGGCUGUCAUGCAUUUAGGCGAUUCGAACUGCAAUUCUAAAAUGUGCCUGGUAUUUGUUUCGUCAAUUUAUACAUUAACGUGAUUUAUUGUUUUUUUUUAUCUCAAUACUCCCGAACUCCUUGUAGAGUUUACAAAAAUAAAAACUUUGUCAUUUCAUAUGGACUUAGGACUUUCGUUCUCGAGCGCCUUGGAUGAGAAUUUCUACCUAUUCGAUCGCGUGUAAGUUAAGUACGAUUUGAAUGGAUUUGAAAGAACGCCACUAAUAUAAAUAUACUACGUAGCGCUUACGGAACUCGCGAUCGAAUAGACUAUAAGACAGUAAUGACAGAUUUAUGCUAACGUAGAUGUUUUGAUACAUUACUUGAAAACAAACACGGGUUUUAUCCGAUCCAGUGCACGAUAUGGAUACAUAAUAUUCGUUUAUAUUAUAUAUCCAAUGAAAAAGUAUAGGAUGUACUAUGAUCGAUGCAAUUUUUAGUCGCAUUAUACAAUGUGGUGCGGACGGGCUAAAUGUGUGAGAGUAUAGGCAGCUCAUUCUAUGUACACCGUAUGAGGGCCUUUAGGAACUUAUUGAUAAACGUGGCAUAAUGCAGUGCUUUCCCACUUUAGAUGCGACAAAACUCUGCAUAACUAUUGCAACGUUAUGCCACGGUUGUUAAUAAGUUGGUCAUUGGUUCUUUUUUCAAUAAAAAAAAACUCGUUCACUGCAGUUUACGUUAUUUGCCAAAUGGUUUAGCUAUUCCUUACUUUAUUUAGUCCAUUUGUUGUUUUAAGAGAUAAUAUAGGAUUUAAGCGGGAGAUUCUAAGUGGACUAUGCCAUAUAAAUUCUCAGGGUCCCGCGGCAAUAUUCUAUUUGAUAUGCUUCAUUAAAAAAUUUACUCUUAAGACUAAGCUCGCUUAGAUGUGGCUUUAACGAUAGCUGCAGAGAACGAAUUUUUUUUUUUGCCAAAAAAGUUACACUCGUUAUUAAGCAGUUCCAGUAGAAAAGGCCGUAACCAUGGUUCAAUAAAAUUAAUCGAUUAAGUUAAUAUUUUACUAAAUAUAACAAAGACUAUCCUUUUAUUAUUAUUAUUUUUAUAUUAUGGAUAAGGUAAGGUGUAAUAGAAAUUGUUAAUGUGUAUAGGUGUAUAUACACGCAUUCAUCGUGACCUGACGUGAUAAGUUCUAAGGAAUUGUGCCUACGAAAAUGUGCACUAUUUGGAAUUACAAAAUAAAAAAUCUACUUUAAAAUCAUACCCACAUAUCUAUAUUAUAUUCUUAUUAUAAAUAUUCCUAAAACAUAAAGCUUUUUCAAAAGGUUCGCUGGUAAAACAUUAUCUAAUGAUAGGGUUAACUUCUUGAAAAAGUACAUGCCUAGAACGUCAUAUAAAAAUAUUUAAAAAAUAUAUGUGACUCACAGAAAGCUUAUAAAUAAUAUUAAAUAUAUUUUUUUAGACCGUCACUACCUGGGUCUUUAUUUUAUCAUAAAAAAACAGUAACUAAUCUAAAUCCAUAAUAGUUCUACCGUUAGAAGGGAAAGAAAAUUUGGAUGCCAAUUAGAUGAAAACAGCAGUUUUGUUUAUACUUGCAAGGGAAUGUGUCAAUGGGAAUAAACAUCACAAUAAUAUAGAAUACCUAUUUACAUAUAUUGUAAGUCUCUAUUACAUAAAUAAUAUGUACCUUUAGUCUUCUUUUUAAUCUACUAUGGCAUUAGUGAGUUGUAUUGUAAAUUAUAUCGCGAUCGUAUCACUAUGUUUACCAUUUUAUCUAUGUGGAACUAGCGGUUCUCAACAACUUCGUUCGCGACAAACUUCUGAUAGUGAUAAGUAAUUUUUUUCACACUCUCUUUAUUCCAUAUCUGGCUCCUGGACUGUAAGCUGAGUUUUUGUUUUAUGUUACUCAACUCCUGAGGGCAGAAAAGACAUGUUCAAUGGCCUAUAUGCUUUCCUCAAGAAUUGUGUAUUAAAAAAAUUAAAUGCAUUUGCGACUGGUACCGCCCAAGAUUGGCGUGUUUAAACAAGCAAAAAAAAACACUUUUUAGCUUUAUAGCAGCAAAUAUAGAUAAGUUGAAUGGCGAUCAUUCGUGAAUACGUCAAUAACAGCUUUAAAGAAACGCAGUUCUAGAAGAUUAAUAUGUUGGUAAACAAGUGAUGUUAAAUAAUGUAAUUGAGGCCGCCUCUUCUUAUUUAAAUUAAAAAAUUAACGCGCGUACGCAAAUAUUCAUCUAUGGGUAUGUAUUAAUAAUAAUUGUCUAUUAGAUGUUCGUAGAAUAAUGUUAAAGUGUUAGUUAGUUUAGAAAAAUAAUAUGUUUUACCAAAUCAUUAUUAAAUGCUAAAAUUGUUAAUGUAGAUCUUUGGAACGGAUCACAUCUGUUGGUUGGACGUGUUUAAACAUGUUGAAUUUAUCUAAGGAAUAAUAUUAUUAUCUUAAAAGAAUAUGUGGUCACAUUUAAAAAGUCCUUAUAUUGUGUCGGUGCUCUAAGUGCAUUUCUGAAUGCGGUUCAUUGGGUAAAAAAUUCGUUAGUUUAUUGAUAUCGUUAUAAUUAAUUAAAUUAAAGAUGUAUAUAUAAAUGCAAUAAAAACGUCUUUGCAUGUACAAUUUAUUUUUAAUAAAAUAACUAAAUUAUGUUAAAAUAUUAUACGGUUAAGGUGUAUCAUCUAUUGUGGGUGGUGUGCUAUAAAUGGCCUAUUUUACUAAUAUUUAAUACUGUAAUAUCUAGGCCAGUCUUAUUUACCUCGAUAGCAAGCAUUUAAAACCAAUUAAUUGACAAAAUUAACCAGUAUUAAAUAGAAAAGAAAACGUUCGAGAUUUGUAAAAACCUUAAUCUUUCAAAAAACACUUUUUUUUCUAAAUGUUCCAUCUAUAUCUAUAUAAUCACGCGUGAUAGCUUUCUUCGGGCUGUUUGAAAUAAAACAAGAUUGAUUUAUUUUCAUGGCUGAUUCAAGUAAAAAGGGGUUCAGCUAAGUUCAGCUCAGCUCGUGAUGUUUAUAAGGUAACGCUGAACCUCAGUUUCUAGGAUAGCCGGUAUAGAUGGCGUUGAUUGCAGACAGUCUUAAGAACCAGUUAUGUAUUUCACUGACUUUUUGUUUGACAAGUUCUGAAUCUGAGGAGAUCAUGUAAUAUAGAUGAGACACCAGCAAAUUAUAAUAAUCUCGAUAAACUUCUAUGAUCGAUGUUAUAUUAUAUAUAAUUAAAAUCUUUCAUAAAUAUAAAUUUCCUAUAAUUGUAGGUGUAGAGUGUAGUAAAGAGUUAAGAAUAUUAUCGGUGUUAGUCUCAGAGAAGAUAGCUCAUAGCAUUAACACAUGGAUGGGGCUAUUGUUUAAAAGGACGUUACGAUAAACGAGUUUAUUAAAAACUUCAGUACCAACCGGAAAAGAAAAUAUUAAAGUAAAAUGUGAUUGAUACUAAGGGUUAAUUUAUUCUGUUGUUAUGAUAGGACAUCGAACCAAGUGAAGUUCUCAUACUGAAUACGAAUUCGCUAAAAUGUCAAGUCAAUGAGCGGCGUGGAGGGAACAUUUCAAAUAAAUGCGGAUGUCGCAAAUACUGUUGUACACAAAUCUAAACUGGCAUCUCUAAGUAGGGCUAUCCUUUUUUACAUUGAGCCUUAGUUGUAGACCGGUCAAUUUUGAUUACUUUAGAGAUUUGCUUACAACAGAAUUGGCACCAUUAUCGCACGCCGACUCUUUCCUUUGCAGCGGUCAGCUUGAGCCAUAUAAAGCCCUAUAGAUUAUUGAAAAUUAUGCUAGAGUGAACCUCAAACUUAGAGAAUGAUAAUCUCAGAUAUUAUUUUGUUAUAUUCACCCAUAGUACGUGGUUUACGCAUUAGAAAUAGUUUUCGAGUAUCGAAAUUCUAUAAAUUGAACGAACAAUAACACAUAAUUUCCCAUUUGAAUCAACUGACAAUUGACACAUCAUUCGUCCAUUAGGCCAGUAUUAUUUAAUAAACAGCCACGAGGCAAAAAAGAUUCUCAAAUUUGGUCAUAAGCACAGAGCGCGAAACUUAAGAAUCUAUGAGAUAGGAAAGCUGCCUUAAAUUUAACUUUAAAAAUGAAAUAAGAAGAAAACCUGUUUUUCGAUACUUGAAAACUAAUCUACGAUUGGGCCGGUGCCUCGUAAUAAGGGUACUGUACUUUCAGUGCAAUUUUGACCAUGUCUUACUUUUUAUACUAUAUUGAUGUCGUUGUUGAUUGUUUAUUUUUCAAAAGCAAAGUCAAGCCAGCAUUAGGUUAAAGACCUCAUAUGCUCAAACUGUUUCUCAUUAUAUAAUGUUACUAAUCAUUUCAUUACUUUUUAAUGUUAAGUAUGUUUUAAAAAUGAAAUAUAAUGUAAUAGUAAAUAAAAAACAAACAAUAUAAAAAGAGAUAUUCUAUAUGUUAGGUAUUGUAAUAAAUUUAAAAUAACUUUACACUAAAAAGUAUUCGAAAAAUUGUUUAUUUAUAUUUUUUUUUAUUUUAGUCCUAGACGGGCGGACAAAAAAUGGAGUAACAUGUACAAUAAUUAAGGAAAUUGAACUUCUAAAAGCGAUAACGAAAUCGGUGGUAAUUUGCACUGGAGGUACAGUUAAAUACUAUUGGAGCAUUGUGGACGUGUUAAUAGGAUCAGUGUUUUCGGAAAUGAUUCGAAUUCUAUAAUGAAGGAUGUUGCAGCGGUUGUGAGAUGAUUUAUAUAAUAAUGUUCACUAAAUAUCUGACCUAUAUUUAAGUUAUAUUUUUUGUAUAGACAUAGAUUUAAGAUGUAAUGGUGAUUGAAAUAAAAAUCAUCUUAAUAACA